CCUAGCAAGCAUUUACUUGCCUUGGUACAUUGUAGCUGAUAGCUAAAAUGGCAGCACAAGUUAUGAACAACGAGGGAAUGCUCCUGGCUGUGCUCGCGGACGAGGACACAAUCACAGGAUUUCUGCUCGCUGGCGUCGGGAACGUGGACCUGCGCAAGAAGCGCAACUACCUGGUUGUAGACUCCAAGACAUCUGCUCGCCAAAUUGAGCAAGCCUUCAAGGAGUUUGCGGCUCGCGAUGACAUCGCGGUCAUCCUUAUCUCCCAGCAAGUAGCAGGGCAAAUCCGGAACGUCAUUGAAGCGCACAACCGGCCGAUCCCGGCCGUCCUUGAAAUCCCCAGCAAGGACUGCCCCUACGACCCGAACCAGGACUCGCUGCUCACGCGCGUGAAGCACAUUGCGGGCUUCAACUAAGCGGACGGCAGCUGUGAGACGGCACGGCCUGGGGCCUCUGAGAGCGGAAAUAUUCACUGAGCCAUACUUUCUUGGGGGGGUCCAGCCGCGGGAGGAUGCCGCGGCCCACCCGGGGGCACUGUUGGCAGGAGCCAGGCAUAGCUGUGCGUUGGUGGGACGGAGCUUUUGGGGCUCGUGUGCGCAUAGUGCAGCGUGCCACAGCCCCGACUGAGUGACCUGAACAAAAUUAUGUUGUGACAUGGAUGCGGACUUGACGGAUGCGGAUCGGGUAUGCGGAUGCCCUUAGCUGGGCACAUUUGCGACCAGCGGCCGCUGAAGCUGCUGUGAUUGUGGGCUGGGAAAUUUGAAGGUGUUUUGUAUGUGCAGAUGCACGUGAGAGAAACAGGGGAGCCGCCAUGGUACAACGCAAGAGCGCUGUGUGCUUGAGUUGUGAGCGUCUCCAGGCCUCGGAAGUCGUGUAUCUUUGUAGCAAGGAAUUGGCGGGGAAGCGUGUUCAGGCAUGGGGAGAAUUUCACAUGGGAAUGGGGCGGUACAGCUGUGUGUGGUGGAGCGGCAGAGGUAUGUGCACGCCUCUUGUAAAGCAUAACCGCG